AUGUUCAAGCUCGCCGUUAUCGUCGCUUUGGUAGCUGUGACCGUCGCCGUCCCUUACGGUCGAUCAUAUGGUGCCCCACAUUACGCCGCACCACGACACUACGCAGCCCCUGCAUACAGCGCCCCUGCUCCCCACUACGGAGGAUAUGGACAUGAUUACGCUGUACCCACCCCAUACGACUUCGGAUACGACAUUGCUGGUGACUACGGUGAAUUCAAGCAAAACCGCAAGGAAAGCAGCGAUGGCAAGGGCAAUGUCCAAGGAAGCUACGGAUACACCGAUGCUCACGGUAUCUACAGGCAAGUCGAUUACGUUGCUGAUGCCCAUGGUUUCCGUGCCAAUGUAAAGACCAACGAACCUGGAACCGACAACCAGAACCCAGCUGAUGUUGCUAUCUAUGCUACUCCUGCUCACUACAGUGCCCCAGCCCCUCACUAUGGCGGAUAUCCACGAUAUUAGAUAUAAAUUAUUGACUAUUCUAUUCUAAUC